GCAAAAAACAUCAUAUUUUUCUUGGGUGAUGGUAUGGGAAUGCCGACUAUAACUGCUGGUCGUAUUUAUAAAGGUCAAUUAAAUGAGCAAUCAGGUGAAGAGGCAUCUUUAGUUUUCGAUGAUUUUCCAUAUGUCGGUCUGGCAAAGACUUACAACAUUGAUAAGCAAGUACCCGACUCAGCUGGAACUGCAACAGCAAUUUUUACUGGUGUUAAAACAGCUUACGGUGUAAUUGGUAUGGAUAAUAGAACAACUCCAAUGGAUGCCGAAACAGGAAAAUUAGAUUCAUUUUUAAAAUGGGCACAAAAUGUUGGUAAACGUACCGGUAUAGUAACAACAACUCGUAUAACACAUGCAACACCUGCUUCUACUUAUGCAUCAGUUUAUGAUCGUAACUGGGAAUGUGAUGUUGAAAUUCCAAGUGAAAGCAGUGAUAUUUAUAAAGAUAUCGCAAGACAAUUAGUUGAAAACGAACCCGGUAUUAAUUUCAAUGUAAUAUUUGGUGGAGGAUUAAAACCAAUGGGUUAUACUGACUUAUACGAAAUAUCUGAUAUUAGAUUUGAAGGUCCAACGGAAGAAAUAUGUAAUCGUAUGGAUGGAAAAAAUUUAGUUAAUGAUUGGUUAAAUUUACCUGGCGAAAAUCGAAAAUUCAUUCAAAAUCGAGAUGAUUUGAUGAAUUUAGAUGUAAAUAAUGUUAGUCAUGUUAUGGGUUUAUUCCGUAACAAUCAUUUAACAUUCGCUCUCGCUCGACAAGUUGGUGAACCGUCAUUGAGCGAAAUGGUCGAACAAGCCAUACGUGUACUAUCAUCAUCAGAAAAUGGUUUUGUAUUAAUGGUUGAAGGUGGUCGUAUUGAUCAAGCACAUCAUCAAAAUUAUGCACAUGCCGCUUUAGAAGAAUUAGUUGAAUUUGAUGCAGCAAUUGAUAUUGCUAUGCGUUUAACAAAACGUAAAGAUACAUUAAUAAUAGUGACUGCAGAUCAUUCACAUUCAAUGUCAUUUAAUGGUUAUCCAGAACGUGGAAAUAGUAUUUUAGAUUUUGCUAAUGAUUCUGAAACAUUUGCAUAUGAAACGAUAUCAUAUUCGAAUGGACCAGGUUUUUACAAUCAUAGAGCUAAUCUUUCAACAUCUUACAUAAAUUCAACACGGAAUAUAAGGGAAGAUACAUGGAUACCCGUUGAAGAAAUCGAUCCUGCUAUAAGAUCUUCUCCAACAUAUAGAAGUUUAGCAGCAUUUCCAUUAUCUGAAGAAACACAUGGAGGUGAAGAUGUUCCAGUUUUCGCAAUUGGACCUGGUGCUCAAUUAAUUGGUGGUGUCUUUGAACAAAAUUAUUUAGCUUACGUUAUGAGUUAUAUGGGUUGUAUGGGACCAGCAAAAGAUGUGGAUAAAACUUGUAAUGAAUAUUUGAAAAAUGAAAAAAAUUCGGCCAAUAUAAUAAUUAAAUAUUUAUUUUUAAUUUUGAUUUUU